AUGUGCAACACAUUCAAAGCCGACGCUAACACAAAGUUCGACCUCAGGAAGUUAAAGGCAGACAUCCUUGACAACUUACUUUGCUCCAUCAACUCACUCGGUGGCUCUAAACACGUCUUGGUGCUUCAGAACUCCUUUUCCAGCGUCAUCAAUCUCUUAACCCCCUUCAACGUCUUGAAGGAAAAGGCCGGCAUCGUCACUGUGCUCUGGUUAAACGACUCCAUCCAGAACUCCUUGUUUUUGAACGACCUCAACAGCUUCAUUUUUUUGUGCGACAACUCUUCUCACAAUGCCAACUUGAUCUCCCUCAGAAUCAAAGAGUUGAUCGCCAUCUCUUCCAACACCCAAACCAACUUUAAGUACUUUGGCAUUGUCUCUGAUAAAAUCUCCCAGAGUUUUGAGUACCAAUUGGAGCAGUCCGGCAUCAAAGGUGAAAUCCAAUUGUAUCCCCUUGAUUUAUCUCUUUCGAUUUUGAACAAUUCUGAUUUAUUGACUCUCAACUUGUCCACCACUGCAAAUAACAGUUUAGCCGAUAGCGCCAGCACAAAACUCAUAAACGACUUGUAUCUCAACAACAUCAACGACUCAAUUUUCAAACUUGCAAAGGCCUUACUCAAUCUCAUCGUAACGUACCCAGUGAUACUAAAUUUCAAUAAUGUACUAAUCAAGGGUUUCAAAUCGUUUUUCUUUUACAAGAUUUUCAAAAUUCUAAAAAUCAAUUAUCUAAGUAACCUAUCUCCAGCUGAUAGAAAAAACGAGGAAAUUUUCAACAACUCAAAAGUCUUCCUCAACAACAUUAAUAAUCAGUUGAACUUGAACUCAGUCAAUGAUUUAAACCAUUUUUACAACCUAUUCAACAACCAAUCUGAUUUGAUUAUUCUAGACAGAUCUAUUGACUUUGUCACCCCUUUGCUUUCUCAAUUGACUUACCAAGGCUUAUUGGAUGAAGUAUUCACCAUCAAUUCCAAUAUCAUUAACCUACCAUCAAACAUUUCCCUUGAUAUCAAUACUAAUAACGCCACUACUAGUAAUGAUAAUGGCAAUAAUAAUAAUGGUGAGAAUGAUAAUAUAAACAAUAAUCAAGGCUCAGGUAAUAACCCCAACAUAAAUGACAAACCAGAUAAAAAUAAAAUAUACUUGAACCUUGAUGAUGAUGUUAUUUUUAAAAAAAUUAAAGAUUUGAAUUUUGCUUCAGUUGGUCCAAUAUUAAAUAAAUUUGCUAAAAAUUUACAAGCAGAAUUUGAUUCAAGACACAGCGCUAAGAACGUCUCUGAAAUUCGAGAAUUUGUUGGAAAAUUAUCCUUCUUGCAAAAGAAACAAAAAUUUUUGAAAAAUCACACUUUAUUAGCUGAAAAUAUACUAUUAAAAGUCAAAAAUGACUCCAUCAACAAUAACAAUUAUAUUAAUAGUAAUCCUACUAUCGAUAAUAACGCCAAUACUGCCAAUAAUGAACCAGCCGACCAAGUCUCACUCCAGUUUGAAAAUAUGGAUGAUGAAGAAAAUGCAAUCUUUUCAAAAAUCCUAGAUCUACAAAAUUCGUUUCUAACCUCUUACUAUGAUAUCAAAAAAUCCUGCGAUUUAAUCAUUCAGUUGAUGUACCAAGGCUUGACUGUUUAUGAAACAUUAAGAUUAUGUUGUUUAUUAUCUUUAGUCAAAAAUGGUAUUAAUGAAAAAAAUUACUUGAAUUUGAAAAAGGAAAUUAUUCUAAAUUAUGGCUACAAACACAUAAUAACGUUACAAAAUUUGUCAAAAUUAAAAUUAUUCUAUAUACAAGAAUCCAUUUCCUUGCUACCAAACUUGCAAUUAUCUAUUAACAAUUCCCAAUUAUUAAAUAAUGAUUUAAUUGAUGAAUUAGACAUUAAUACAAAUGAUCAAACGUGUUUUAUUAAAGAUUUCAAUAAUUUAAGAAACUACCUUAAUUUGGUUCCAACCGCUAAUGAUAUUACGGAUAAUACUCAACCAUCUAAUGAUCCAAAUAGUAAAGAUAAUAAUAGCAACAAUGACUUGAUUGAAACACCUAACGAUGCUUCAUUUGCAUUUAUCAAUUACGUACCAAUUACAACAAGACUAAUUCAAUCAGCAUAUGAUAGAUCUUUUUUUGAUUCGUCGUUGUCAAGUUAUCUAACAACUUCUUCAUCAAGGUAUAUCUCUCAAAUAUCAUCAUGGAAGGGACUUGAGGAUAUUUCUAGAUUUUUGAUUGGUACAUCAAUUGAGGAGAAUGAGUUGAAAUACAAUAAUAACAAUACAUCAUUGGUGUUAAAGGAUUUAAAUAAUGUUAAAACCAAGAAAGUUUUGAAAAACUUUCAAAGUUUUAGUUUUAUUGUAAUGAUUGGUGGCAUCACAUAUGGCGAGUUGGCUACAUUGAGGUAUAUUGAAAAGAAAUUGAACGAUAAAGGAAUUUUGAAAAAAUUUAUUAUUUUGACGGAUACAAUGAUCAAUGGUAAUAGCUUGAUUGAAGCUUGCAUACCCAAAGAGAUAUGA